AUGACCUGCUGCUUGAUGAUGCUUGCAGUGCUGUUGGCCUCUUCAUACCUGUGGGUAGGGAUACUGGUUGGCGGCGUUUGCCUCAACCUUGACGGCAAUGCCAUAAGCCUGGUCCAUGCAGUGAAUUUCACGGAGCUGUCUCACUUUAAGUUCCACAUUGACCCGGUUCUGGAGGGCGCUGUGAAGUACUACAUCCGGGGCAGUCAGGAGAAUCCCAUGAUCUCCAUGAUUGAGGAUGUCGAGCGAGAUGCCUCGGCACUUUACACCGUUUACACAAAUGCAACCUGGGCCACCAAGCCAGCAGAGAUGGUGUGCAACGGCGUCAAAAACCUGAAUGCCUCCAGAGCUCUUGCAGCAUGUACCGAGUCUGUCGGCUUCGCCAGAGAACUUCUAUCUGCCAGCAACAUCCACCCUUACUACAAGACGUUUGGGCACCAGCUGAUGUGCGACAGGAUGCUUCAAGGCAUGAUCCUGCUCAUCCUCCUAUCCUCGGUGGUGAGCAUCAUCCUCAUGCCGCUUGUCGCCAUUUGCGCGGACAUGGACCUCAGGAAAUGGGAGACCUACAAGAACGAGAACUUCGAGAGUCACUACGAUCUCUCGCACGAGUUCCACGAGAAAAUGCCGAUGAUUGCCAACACCUUUCACGGAUUGCCAUCACCCUCAGGCUCGCCAAUGCAAUCUCCUUGGCACACUCCACGCAUGCCGUGGCAAAGCUGA